ACUUUUUUUCUACUGAUUGGUUAGGAGGGCUCAGUAAACUCCAGAGGGCAGUCUUGUUCCAUCGCGUGCAGAUGACUUCACUGAGAUUUGAUUGCACCAUGAAGUAUGUCUGAUGUGAAAACUGAUACUUCCUUAAAAACGCACAUGUGUGUUCCCGAUUACACUCUGACUGCUUGUCCCACUGUCUGCUUCCACAAACAGCAUUAAAAACGAGAAAUAUCCUCUCCUGAGAUAGUGUGAGACAUGACUUUGAUGACAGAGGUCAUACUUCUUUUAUGCAUAAUGAGUCUAAUCACAGCUGCAGGACUAAACAAAUAGACAAACCAUUCACACGACAACCACACCUAAACACACACACACACUUCUUUGUGUUUUGCCAUGCAGACUUGACAGUGAUCUCCCUGCACAUGUGUGAAGCAGCGUCUUCAGUUACUCUGCCUGUCUCUGCACACACAUUAGUUUGGAAGGUUAUUUUGGGCUGCACAAGCACCCUCUGCUUCCAGUGAAAUAAUAGGAGGAGUCAAACUCUUGCCUUUCCAUUCUGCUCCUCCGUACCAUUCCUCAUGUCAGCUGACAGGGGAUUUCCCUCUAAAUAACAAGUUCCCCUUUGCUGUCUGUGCUGCAGCAUUAAGUUAGACCUUUAUUUUGAAACAAUGGACAACAGCCCUCUGCAGGUCUUGACUGUCCCUACAGCCCCCUACCCAGACCAGCGACCCAGCACCAACGGCCUGAGGAGAAAGGUCUAUGUGUUCCAGUCCAGAAGGAACUACCUUCACAACUUCAUCCAGAGUGUCUUCUCUUCCAUUGACCUGCGCGAUCGCCAGGGUUCAACCAUGGUGGUGGGGGGAGACGGACGCUUCUUCAAUCGAACGGCUACUCAGGUCAUUGUGCAGAUGGCAGCUGCCAAUGGGGUGGGUCGUCUGAUCAUUGGACACCACGGGAUAAUGUCCACGCCAGCCGUCUCCUGUAUGAUCAGGAAAUGCAAAGCCAUCGGAGGCAUCGUUCUCACUGCCAGCCACAACCCCGGUGGACCUGAUGGAGACUUUGGCAUUAAGUUUAAUACUGCAAAUGGAGGCCCAGCCAACGAAGCAGUCACAAACAAGAUCUUUCAGAUCAGCAGGACCAUUGAGGAGUUUGCCAUCUGCCCUGGACUACAAGUGGAUCUGACAACUAUGGGAAAACAGACCUUUGACUUGGAGAACAAGUUCAAGCCAUUCACAGUGGAAAUCGUAGACUCUGUGGAGUCCUACGCUAACAUGCUGAGGAACAUCUUUGACUUUGCUGCUCUGAAGGAGCUUCUGUCUGGCAAGAACCACUUCAAGAUAAGACUGGAUGCCUUGCACGGAGCGGUAGGACCCUACGUGAGGAGAAUACUGUGUGUUGAGUUGGGUUGUCCAGCCAGUUCUGCCAUUAACUGUGUCCCUAAGGAGGAUUUUGGAGGUCAACACCCAGACCCUAACCCCAUAUACGCUACAGAUCUGGUUGACAGCAUGCGAGACGGACAGUAUGAUUUUGGUGCAGCAUUUGAUGCCGAUGGGGACCAGAACAUGAUCCUUGGUAAACAUGGCUUCUUCGUCACCCCAUCUGACUCCGUGGCUGUGAUUGCUGACAACAUUUUUUGCAUCCCGUACUUUCAGCAUGCAGGGGUGAGAGGUUUUGCUCGUACUAUGCCCACAAGUGCGGCAUUAGACAGAGUAGCCAAGGCAACGAAAAUCGAGCUAUAUGAAACUCCCACUGCCUGGAAGUUCUUUGGGAACCUCAUGGAUGCAGGCAUGCUGUCUUUGUGUGGAGAGGAAAGCUUUGGUACAGGAGGAGACCAUAUUCGUGAGAAGGAUGGGCUUUGGGCUGUGCUGGCAUGGCUGUCUAUCCUGGCCACUAGAAAGAAGAGUGUGGAAGAUUUAGUUAAGGACCACUGGCUAAAAUAUGGAAGAAACUACUUCACCAGGUAUGACUACGAGAAUGUAGACAUAGAUGCAGCAUGUGAAAUGAUGGAGGAUUUGGAGAUCACAAUCACCGACAAGACCUUUGUGAGGCAAAGAUUUGCUGUGGAAGACAAAAUCUACCAGGUGGAGAAAGCAGACAGCUUUGAGUAUGCAGACCCGGUAGACGGCACCAUUUCCAGGAACCAGGGGCUGCGGAUAAUCUUCUCUGAUGGUUCUCGAAUCAUCUACAGACUCAGUGGGACCAGUUUUGAUGGGGCAACAGUUCAAAUCUAUCUCGACAGCUACGAGAAAGAACACGUUUUUGGGGAUGCACAGGUGAUGCUGGCACCCCUUGCCACUAUCGCUCUAAAGAUUUCUCAGCUUCAUCACAGGACCGGUCGAACUGGUCCGUCUGUCAUUAUAUGAUUCCUUAUUAAUUGACAAAAUAACGCUCUUUUUUAAGUUUUUCCAUCCUGUUUUUUUGUGUUUGUGUUUGUUUUUUUAUAAAGGAAGUCUCAAAUCCAGUUGUAGCUACAUAUGAUGCAAACGUGUGCAGUUGAAUGAAAUUAAAUGUGAUAUAUUAAACAGCG